CUCAUGCAGAGCUACACGGACAGCUCGGCUCUUUCUCGUCAGUUUGGCUGAGGAGGCUCGGUGUAGGCGGGACAGUGACUGUCAGCUCAGCUGUUAGUCAGUGAAAUGUUUUAAAUAUAUAAAUAUAUAUUUCUGCGUGUCGUAAUACGUAGUCACUACAGGUAUCUCGCUUUCUUGUCUCUAUUUGAACAAACAUUAGCCGGCUAGUUAAGCUAGGUUGACUUGCUAAGUAACGUUUGUAUUGUUGGAAGAGCAACACGGUGUUUCAGGUUUACAGAGACUUUAACAGAGGAUGCUGGAGUCAAUAAAAGUGACAGAAAGACUCCACUGGCCAGAGGUAGAAAUGUCCAAAAAGUACAUCUUAAACUCAACUGACAAGGCACUGAGUCCAAGCCAAGUGUACCUGGAGAAGAUAUCUUCAUCUGUCCUCAAAGACCUCUUUAGCGCUGGCUCCAGCAGCUACAAUGUCCUGCUGCAGGCUGAGGAAGAGGAGAAGAAGAGCCCGAAGCAGUCCCCGCACAAAAGACCAAAACCAUCAUUGAAAUCUGGCUCCACGUUGAGUAAAAGAAACCGUCCAGGCAUGGCUCCUAAAAAGGUGCGUGCUGCAGAAGGUGGCAGUAAACCUGCACAGGCAAAUCGUGUCCUCUCAGGCAGCUAUUCCAAUGUCCCGAAACCAGCACGGAACAUCGCAGUUGUGGGCAGCACCAUGGGCCUGACCCCUCGCGCAGUUCCACAGCUCAGAAAGGCGUGCAUCCCCAAUUCCCCUCGCACUAAACUUCCCUCGUUGCACAAAGCAGCGAUCGCACGGGAAGUGGAAUAUGCCAAGAAGCUCUGCAUCCUUUCAGCCAUCAAGCCAUCUAAUGUUGAGAAAGAGAAGGCCAAAUUUUUUAAGUCUGACUUCAACUACAAUCCACAGUUUGAGUACAGCAACCCUGUCUCUCCACUUGUCCUGGCCCGGCAUAACAAUGCCUCUGACCAUUUUCUCACACAGGCAGUGCACAUCAUGGAGCUUGCCCUGCAGCGAUAUGGCAGCUAUGAGAAGUUUGAACAGGUCACUGGGGGCAACCUCCUCACCAAGAGUCGCAUCUGGCACAACGUCAAGAAAUACAUGGAGAAGGAAGGCUGCUUGGGGGAGAUUGUAGUCCAGGUGACAGACGACCUUCUGUCCAGAGCAUCCAUGACAGUGGUGAACGGCAGACCCACAUUGACCAUCAACAUCUCCACUGCCCGGGAGCACUGGCUGGAAGGCAUGCUGAGGCAUGAGAUUGGCACACAUUAUUUCCGUGGCAUCAACAACUGUCACCAGCCGUGGAGCAGCAGUUUGGGCAGGAAGAAGCACAACCUGAAGCCUCUGAACCCCACAGAGGAGGGCCUGGCCAGCAUCCACAGUGUCCUGUUCAGGAAAGACCCCACUCUGUGGCGCGCCGCCCUGCUCUACUACACUGUCUAUCAGGCCAGCCACAUGUCUUUCUCUCAGCUCUUCCACAAUCUGGGACGCUUCGUCCAGGACCCCAACACCCGCUGGGACUACUGCGUCCGAGCCAAGAGAGGCCAGACCGAUACCGCACAGCCAGGAUGCUUCAGUAAAGAUCAGGUCUACCUGGAUGGUAUCCUGAAGAUCCUGAGAUACAGAGACAAGAUCAACUUCUCACUGCUAAUGGCUCUAGGAAAGGUGUCGUUUGAAGACGUGGACCGCCUGAAAGCCCUGGCUCAGAUGGAGAACGUCCGCAUCCCACACUUCAUGCAGGACCAGGCAAGGUAUGCUGAGCAGCUGACGAAAAUCAUGGCGGUCAACCAGCUGACUGACGAGGAGCUCAAGACCAUCAUCUGAUCCCCCCCUCGCCCACGCCCCUGCACAAACCUGAUCACACCAGAAUACCCACUGCCAGCCAUGGCCCGCAUGCAUCACCACCGUCACUGUGCAUGGUAACAGAGUGUGCGACUUGUGCAGCGUGCUGUAUUGCAUGUAGUGUAGAGUUGUGUUAGGUACAGGGAUACAUUAGUUUAAUCUGAUAUUAGCUUUUAUUAAAAAUCUGUUGUUGCUCAGUCAUUUCUCCACAGAUAGAGAAGGAAUCACCCAGAGAAUCAUUUCAAUAUGUUGUGUUUAGGCCUGGAUGUCGUUUGAAUUUUUUAAUCAGUGCCAAUACAAUCCAAGGAUUGUAGUAUCAAUACAAAAAUGAUACUUUUUCAAUACCAUACUUUUCUUUGCUAUAACAAUUACAAGCACUUGGUGCCAACAUUUUUUUACUUGACUGUUUCUGUUUUGUGUGAUACCCAGGUUUAAGAGGACUUUCAUUAAUUAAUAUGAAUUAAUAUCCAUUGAAACAUGUGAGUCUGACUGGAGUUUUCAAGCUUAUAUUGACAUUUGAGACUUAAAAAUCUAUUAAAGCUAGCCAGUAGGUAACUUUCAUAAAACUAACUUUUUGUCAUAUUUGCUGAAACUUUCUCUAUAUCCUGACAGUAGUACAUGAGACAGAUAAUCUGUGAAACAAUCAGCUCCUCUUAGUGCUCCUAAAGGGCAUUUGCAAGAAUCUACCGGGCCUGAAUGAAAACAACCAAUCAGAGCUGAGAAAGAUAGAAAGAUGCUUUGUGUUGGAAGCUUGAAAAUAGCUGAUUGUUGAGUCAGGCCCGGUGGAUUCUUGCAAAUGUCAUUAGAAGCACUAGACUACCUACCUACCCACUGCAGCAUUAACUGUUUACCGUAUGUCAGCUGAUAUGUGUUGUUGAAAACAGACACAUCACACGGACAAACAUAUUUGAUCAGGAUCCCUUAAAUUUGGCUGUUAAAGAAUUGUGACCGAGACAUGUACUGAGAUUUUACAAUUGAAAAAUACACUUGUCAUUACUUAGUGGGGGGAAAAAUUAUGUUUUUGAUUUCAAACAUAUAUUAAGGAUUUCUGUACUCUUGUUAUUUAGCGGCCAAUAUAUACCUUUCACUUUAAUUCAAAAUUCAAACCCUUCAAAUAACUUGUACUAGUUCAUAAAAGACACUAGUCCUGUUUCAAUCAACAUAUUUUGAAAUAUCACAUUAGGAAACGUUCUGACUUAGCAAACAUCUAAGUCACAUGACUGAUGACAGUCUCCUCAUCGCUCCCAUGGCUCUAUUAUACAUCCAUGAUCGCUGCACAGAGAUCUGAUGGAACCUUUCUCACAUUAACCCAUGAAACAAACAGAUAUGUCAUAUUUCCAUCCUGUUUUCUGCAUUGUUUUUCACUGUUUGAGGUGUGAAUGAUGCUCUUUUAAAUACACCAUCUUGUUGCGCCCUUUUCUUCUUGUUCUCCGGCUGCAUAUCUCAGUGAAACAACUCCCAAUAAUUGCAAAACGCUAGCGGAUGGAAACAAGCAUUCCUUCACAUAAUCUUUUGCAGAAAUUUGGUUAAAAUUUGGGAUACAUGUUGAUGGAAACACAACUACUGUCACUUUGAUCCUUUGCGUGUCCUGUUUCCUUCAACAAGGUUAUUGUUGUUCUCUCUAGUCCAACAGAUUGUUUAAAGAAGUGACAUCACUAAUACCUAUAUGUGAUAAGCUCAAUUAGCCGGUGAUAUCCGUCAGGCUCCAAUAUGAAUGCUGCUGCAGAGGCACUUUCACCCUCACAACAAUGAAAUUCUUGGAGAAUACCUGAAUGCUUAAUGUUUUUGUGGUGCAUGAAUAUGGUUCAGUUUAGACAUUUUAGUUUUAGCCAAAGUCAAAAAGUUGUGGAUCUGAUUCCAAUGUAAGGAAUCUUUGUCUUUCUCUCAUGCACCUCUGAUCUAAGUGUACUUACCUACUGUUUUAUAUCCGUCUCUUUAGCGAAGACUCUUGCACUUUGUUUCCUCUAGAUACCACUUAAGGUUACUAUUUUUGUAGUACAGAUUUUAGGCAUUAAAACAGAGUUGUUGCUGGAGGGAAAGAUUGUGAAAGCAGGAAGCAGCUGUGUCUUACUGAAGAGAGAGGGACCGAUAACCGUGCAAGUGCUUCAUCAGAGUUGUCACACACAGGCCUGCUAAUUAAAGCUGAUCCUGUCAGCAAUGUUCUACACUCGCAUAAAAGAAAAUGUCCCAAAAGGGUGAAAGUCACCUGUAAUUCUGUGUGUGACAGUUUGAAGGUGUGUUCCUCAUUAUGCUCUAUGAAGCCCUAGUGGUCCAAGUGCACUGACUUGAAGCCCUGUUAGACUAUUUGCACUUUGUUACCUUUAAUCUACCUUUUAGACUGCACUGAUAUGGGCAGUUACUAUGUUGGUGUCAUUUAUACAGACUGGUAUAUUUAGGAUUUGUGAUACUUGAUGAGUUUGACCUGAGAAUAAGAAUAAGAAUGACCUGAUAUCGGGUGCACAUGUGCUGCUCUGCUCCCUCAAAGACCCCUUAAAUGGUACAGUUUAAUAACAUGGCAUUUCUGUGUGAUGUUUUCUAUUUGUAUGACUUUUUUUGUGAUAUUCGUAGGUAGAAUCUUCGAAUAAAGUAAUACAGUGGA